AUGGCGACGGACCCAAAACCAAGACGGCUGAAGGGUCACAAGGCCACCGCCACGUGUUGUAUCGCCUCAGUUGCCACCCCUGGCCUCGUUGCCACUGCCGCCGAGGAUGGUUGUGUUUGCUGGUUUGAUAUGAGAUGCAAAGAAGUGAUAGAGACUAUGGAGGUGGGAAAGGAAGCUGUUACAUCGUUAUGCUUCAAGCCAGGGAAUGAAAAUGUUGUAUAUGUGUCAUCGGGGAAGGAAGUUAAGAGCUUUGAUGUGCGUCUGGGGAGUUCUUGCUCGUGGAAGGCGCUGGAGAGUUUUGAGUAUAAUAAAGAGGAGAUAAAUCAGAUUGCAUGCAGCUCUAAGGCUUCUUUUCUUGCUGCUGCCGAUGAUGGCGGUGAUAUUAAGAUUGUUGACAUUCGCCAGCAGCGCAUUUACAAAACAUUAAGAGCUGAUACUGGUCAUACAAGUAUAUGUAGCAGCGUGCAAUUUCUCCCUUGGAGACCUUGGGAAGUUAUUACUGGAGGUCUCGAUUCGAAGCUAGUGAUGUGGGACUUUUCCAAGGGGCGCCCAAACAAAAUAAUAAAUUUUGGUUUGUCUGAUGUAAAUAAUGGUGGUGAGCAGUGUCUUAAUCCUGCCUUUGUCCAUGCAAUAGCAGUUCCAGAAAUAUCAAUGUUAGACAUAUCAGACAAGGUUUGUGUUGUGGCUCGGGGUGAUGGUGCAGUUGACGUGAUUAAUAUUGAAGCUGAACUUGAUUCUGUAAGGUCGAAAGGUUCUACAAAACCUCGGAAAGGAUCUCAAUCAAGAUCCAAAAACACCGAUCUGGAAAUCCAAGAUCAAAAUAGAAGGAAUAGAUUGCAUUUGGAUUACUCAUCAGGCGGUCAUACUGCUGCUGUGUCUUGUGUGGCAUUUUCGUUAUUUGGGGAAAGAGGAAGAUUUAUAAUUUCAGGCGGAAACGACAAGCUGGUAAAGGUCUGGGAUUGGACCAGGUAUCUUGAUGCAGAACAAACUAGCGGCAGUGGUGAUCUUCUACAUUUGAAUAUCGACCACAGCAAAAAAGUCAACUGGCUGUGUACCACUCCAGGUGAUGUGGAAAACCUAGUUGUUUGUGAUACAACUAAGGUGGUAAAGGUCUACUCUGUUGCAUAGAUGAAGCCGCCCAAUCAUUUUCUAUUUUCACCACAAACUCCAAAUCGUAAAGUUAGGAACCAAUGAUCUAUGGAAAACUGAAUUCUGACUCUCUCCCCACUGUACAUCUUGUGCUAAAAAAAUGCUCUUCUUGAUCCCCAUUAUCAGCCUGCUGGACUUAACCGAGCAACCUUUAGUUUCAGGGCUCACCCCCAUAUAGAUGCUAUUUAUCGGUCUGUAUGUCUGUAAUCUGUCACUGUAUGACAUGUUAUUUCUUUAGUUUGGAGAGGUUAUGCUGUCUCGGUUAGUGUUUUGUUUUGGGACACGUGUAUCCAUGAUGGCAUUGAGGCUUGUUGUGGAGAAAACGUUUAUCUGAAUUAAUUGAGAAAGGCAAUAUAGUUGUUAAAACUCCGACUCUCAUUGUAACUUUGUGUUCUGUGACUUC